AACUGUAGUAGCUGCGUACAUGGCCUUUCACGUUUCACUGUGAUUGUCGGCAAAGUGCAGGGUUCGUCGGCAGUCGUCUUAACUUCUCGGUAACGUGUAGCAUUUGCAAAAAACAUUUAGCGUUUUGAGAAGAUGGCUGACUCUGAUGAUGAGUAUGAUAGGAAAAGGCGCGAUAAAUUCAGGGGUGAAAGAACAGAAUCUUACUCACGGGAACGCAGAGAAGAUCGUAGGCGCGAUGAUUGGGUUGAUAGAGAGUGGUCCAGCCGUCCUAGGCAGCGUCCCGAUUAUCGCGAAUACCGGGGUGGAGGCGGUGGGGGACGUGAUCGUUACAGUCCUGCGAGGUCGCAAGACAUGGCACCGCCUAUGAAGAGAAUGCGAUUUGAUUGGGAUGACAGGCCAAGAUACGGGCACGAUUAUUACGGUGGCGGAAGUGGCGGCGGUGGCGGCGGCGGUGGUGGCGGUGGUGGUGGUGGCGGCGGUAGUAGUUCAUGGAGCCCCGAUCACUAUCCGCCUCCUCACCAUGGCAACCAUCACUAUGGCAACCAUAGUAACAGCAGCAGUCGGGAGGUAGCUGGUAAUUUCAGUAACUCAAAUGUUGAGACUCAGCCGCCUGUGAUGUCCUUCAAAGCGUUCCUCGGUACUCAGGAAGAUACGAUUACUGAUGAGGAGGCGAUUAAACGUUACAACGAGUAUAAGUUGGAAUUCAGGAGGCAGCAACUCAAUGAGUUUUUUGUCGCUCAUAAGGACGAAGAAUGGUUUAAAAUAAAAUAUCAUCCCGAGGAGUCGGUGAAGAGAAAGGAGGAACAAGUGUCAGGGCUCAAGAAACGUGUGGAGGUGUUUCUGGAGAUGCUAGAAUCGGACGGAAUAGACAAAGUGUCUGUUGACGCUGAUCAAGCGGAUGCGCUGCUACAUGUGUUAGAUGCUGUAGUCAUUAAACUGGAAGGAGGAACAGAAGAAGAUUUACAAGUGUUGAAUGUCAAACCACCUAAGCCUAUGAUUGCUAAAGAUAUGCUGAAGGAGAAGGAAGAUAACAAGAGCAAACUUUCGACAGAGAAGAAAUCUGAAAAUGGCGACAAAAGCAAAUUAGACGACAAACCACAAAGUGAAAAGAGCUCUAAAAAUGGUCAAAGCGGUGACAUGGAGGUGGAAAGUUCUGAGAAAGAUAAAAAUCUAGCAUCUGACUCUAACAAGACGAAGGAAAACGACGAGAAUAAAGACGUGAAGGAAACUACUAAUGACGAUAAACUUCCGGAAAAAUCAGAGAAGUCGAGAAAACGUAAACGUUCCGAUAGCCUUAGCAGCAGUAGCAGUAACAGUAGCAGCAGUUCUGACAGUGACAGCAAUAUACCAGAUACACCAAAAGCUGAGACUUCUGCGAAUGAAAAAGCAGACGCCAAUAACGAGGAAGCCGAAGAAGGGGACGCUAAAGGAGAGAAUCAAGAAAACAAGCCGGAACCUGAGGCCGCGAAUAAUAAAAAGUCUACAAUUGAGCCAGAAGCAGUGAUCGAUUUGGCAAGCGAGGAUAAAGAGAAAGAGCCAAGAGCUUUGCAUAAAACCAGUAGCAUCUUUCUCCGUAACUUAGCACCGACAAUUACGAAGGCAGAAGUUGAAGCGAUGUGCAAGCGAUUCCCUGGAUUUCUACGUGUGGCUAUAGCGGAUCCACAACCCGAGAGACGUUGGUUCCGCCGCGGUUGGGUUUCCUUCGAAAGACAAGUGAACAUCAAAGAAAUCUGCUGGAGUUUAAAUAAUAUUCGUUUACGCGAUUGCGAGCUUGGUGCAAUCGUGAACAGAGACUUGUCACGACGUAUCCGCUCCGUGAACGGUUUAACAUCGCACAAGCAAAUUGUCAGACACGACAUUAAACUCAGUGCCAAAAUCGUUUACAAUUUGGACAACAGAGUAGGAUUGUGGAACGAAGAGAAAAAAGAAGAAGGCGCGUCGAAACAAGAAGAAGACAAGGAGAACAAAACUGCCCAAAAUACUGAAGUCGAGCAAGCAGCUUUCGGAUUGUCGUCCAAAAACCCUGUAUUGAAGAAUAUAACGGACUAUUUGAUAGAAGAAGCGUCAGCCGAAGAAGAGGAAUUGCUGGGUAUGUCAGGCGAGCAGGAAGAAGGUCAGUUAGGCGGUGAUGGCGAUAGUUCAAUAGAGAGAGACCCAGUUCUAAUUAAAGUAUUAGACCGAUUAGUGCUGUAUCUACGAAUUGUCCAUUCCGUUGAUUUCUAUAAUCACUGCGAGUAUCCAAACGAGGACGAGAUGCCAAACAGAUGUGGAAUAAUGCACGUGAGGGGAUCUCCGCCCACCGCCAAAAUUUCCAGCGCUGAAUUGACAGAAUACUGUCGCAAUUUCGAGAGCAAGAUGUCCGCCUUUCUGCAACCAGUUGCCACUUUGUCUGCCGAGGAAUUCGAUAAGCUAGGCGCGAAGAAUGCUGAAGCUGAGGUAGAAAAAUUCGUGCAAGCCAACACCCAAGAAUUGUCGAAAGACAAAUGGUUGUGUCCACUUAGUGGAAAAAAAUUCAAAGGACCCGAUUUUAUUCGCAAACAUAUCUUCAACAAACAUUCUGAGAAGGUUGCUGAAGUGAAAGCGGAAGCUGAGUACUUUAACAAUUAUCUGCGAGACCCAAAGAGGCCUCAACUCCCUGAACAUCCUGGUAACAAGGCGCCACUGAGAGAGGGGCCACGCGAGAAUUUCACACCGUAUGGCUGCAAUUCUCUACGUGUUUCUAGAUUCGGAAAUUACGGUGGUGGAUACGGUGGUCGGGGCAAUUAUGGUUCCGGCUACAGUGGCGGAUUUGGCGGAUUCGGUGCUCCACGCUCCAACCGAGGCGGAUUUAACCGUGGACGGGCUGCUCCGGAUGCUACAUCAAGACCUAUUAUUAGUUAUAAUGACUUGGACCAGCUAGAUAUGGAUACGUUUUAAGUUUCCUAAGUCAAAAUUUAUGCCAAUAAUUUCCCCGGGACUAAGCAAUGAUAAAAAUGAUUAAUAAUGAUCAUUGCAAUUAACAUAGUUAUCUAUGGGUGUAUAAGUGUAUGUGCAUAUAUACAUACACACACACACACACACACACACACACACACAUAUAUAUUGGGUUGCAACAAAACUUCGUAAUCUUAAUUAGUGAAAUUCCAAACCAAAAUUGUAUAUAUAUGCAUUUAUUUAACUACAUAUGCGCCGUCUUGUUCUCCUAACAUUUGCCUUUUUUGUGAUAGCUUCAUGAUUCCACCUUUCCAGAAUUUCUUGUUUUCAUUAAAACAAAAUUAACGGACUUUGUUACAACCCCAUACACAUAUAUAUGUACAUACACACACAUCUAUUUAGAAUUACAUAACACCCCCAUUAAUAAAAGACGGAAAAUAAUACAAAAAUUAACAUUCUUGAGAAGUUAAUAACGUUUAAUACGCAUCGAGAUCCGAUAUUCUUCCAGUUAUGCAUACUAAAAUAAAAGAAAUUAUAAUCAUAUUUUCAGUUGCACAGAAUAUUUUAUUUUAUUAGAAUGAUCUUAAAGUAAUAGAUAGAUUACUUUUUAUACGAUGCUACCUUGAGUCCAAGGAUCCACCGAUGCUGUAAAUUUAUGAUAUAAAUCACAAAUAAACCUAUCUGUGUGUUAUUCUAAUAA